ACAGAAUUACAAAAUUUUUUGGUGUACGUUUGUCGUGGUGUCUCUGUUCCUCUGCGUUUCGCAUUACACUCUAACCAAACUAAAACUCAUCAAAAGUAAGUAGCUCAGGAGUAAACCCCCUCAAAAUUCAGUGAAAUGUGAUGGAUACCCCUAUGGGUAGAAGGAAAAUCAGGAUUUUCGGUGCCAGUGAUUUCAUAACCUCGAAAUGAAAAAAUUGCAAGUAGACACGCGCAUGAACGAAAAGCAAAAGGGCUGAGCACUUUUUUGUUGGAUGACGAUGGGCGAGCUUCUUAUCACCAAAUCACGCAAUAAUUAAUUGAUAAAUCCGAAAUUUAAAGGGGAUAUUAAGCCGGUUAGCUGUCACACACACAUCCACACAUGAACAGUCCACGCACACCAAUGCCUUCGCAGUUCAUUGGCAGCAGCUGCCGGCGAAAAAAGGGGGCAAAGAAGCAGAGAGAUCGAUGGAAAAGUGCCUGGCGAAUUUCCGUUACGUAACGCAUGUCGCAUCAAUUCCGUUCGUUAUCGUCAUGUUGCCAUCCACCAGCGUGCAGCUCGCUCAAUAAACAUUUUCGAUUUCACUCUUUACCGUUCUUUAUCGUCGUUUUGUUUGUUUGUGGUCAUGUGAGGAGGUGGGUGCACUUCGCGAUUGUGGGUGGUAUUUUCGCAGUGACGUCACCUGGAAAAUCAAUAGACCACCUUUUCGGGCAGCUAUUCACUUAGCUUUCCACUUUCCCUCAUCGAUUUCCCUGCUGUUAUGCAACUGUCGAAAAAAUGAGCUGCACAUCCACCCAACCACCCCCUUUAUAAUCUGCUUGUCAAGGUCAUCGUCAACGAGAUGCUGAUUCAUUUUCACCGGGACAUCCACCUGAUAGUAUUAUUUUCAGCAUCUAGUGACCAGGUUAUAUCACCUGACUUCCGGAACAAUAAGAGCCCAUCCCAUUUAACGUUUGGCUGCCGGCCAUAAAGAUUUUUGUCUGCUGGCCGCUGCUUUUCAUAAUUUUCUGCCUUGAUUGCCUUGAGUUUCCCCCCACCAAUCCCCCCGAACACAACAUGAAAUAUUUAUAUUGUUAUAUCUAUAUAAUAAUUUCAAUUAGAUGUUUUGGGUUAUUUUUGUUUGAUUUUUUUUAUGCUCAAUAUCGGAUAGAAAUUUAUUUAUCCGCGACUAAUAUUCCUACCGCGACUGUGAGUCGCAUUCCUGACGUCACGCAAAUAGAAACAGCGAAGCAGUGACCACAGCAGACGUUGCAAAUGUGCAGUUAGCUUCUGAGUCAAUGAUCGCUAGCCUAACGGGACUGAACUGACCAGCAAUUAAUGCCAGCAAGAACGGAACAUGGCUCCUCCAUCAUACAGCGAUUUGGGCAAACAGGCUCGCGACAUCUUCAGCAAAGGCUACAACUUUGGCCUGUGGAAGCUCGAUCUGAAGACUAAGACCUCGUCGGGCAUUGAGUUCAACACAGCCGGACACUCCAACCAGGAGUCUGGAAAGGUCUUCGGCUCCCUGGAGACCAAGUACAAGGUCAAGGACUACGGCCUGACCCUCACCGAGAAGUGGAACACAGACAACACGCUGUUCACCGAGGUUGCUGUCCAGGAUCAGCUCCUCGAGGGUCUGAAGCUGUCCCUGGAGGGCAACUUUGCUCCUCAGUCUGGAAACAAGAACGGCAAGUUCAAGGUUGCCUACGGCCAUGAGAACGUCAAGGCCGAUUCGGAUGUGAACAUUGAUCUGAAGGGCCCCUUGAUCAAUGCCUCUGCCGUGCUUGGCUACCAGGGAUGGUUGGCCGGCUACCAGACCGCAUUUGACACACAACAGUCCAAGCUGACCACCAACAACUUUGCCCUUGGCUACACCACCAAGGACUUUGUUCUGCACACAGCUGUCAACGAUGGCCAGGAGUUCAGCGGCUCGAUCUUCCAACGCACUUCGGACAAGCUGGAUGUGGGUGUACAGCUGUCGUGGGCCAGCGGCACCAGCAACACCAAGUUCGCCAUCGGCGCCAAGUAUCAGCUGGAUGAUGAUGCCAGCGUGCGCGCUAAGGUGAACAACGCCAGCCAGGUGGGUCUGGGCUACCAGCAGAAGUUGCGCGACGGAGUCACCCUGACCCUGUCCACGCUGGUCGAUGGCAAGAACUUCAAUGCCGGCGGCCACAAGAUCGGUGUGGGUCUGGAGCUGGAGGCCUAAGUCCGUGGUUUUCCGCUAGUCGUGAAAUCCUUGAACGUUGUCUAACAUCCCCACACGCCCAACAACAACAACAACAACAAUAACAGCAGCCAGACAAGUGCAGAAACAACAACAAGAUCAAACAAAAUAAAAGAUACGAUAUUCUUUAAAAACAAACAACACACAGUCAAAUAUAAAGAGAAUCUGCACAUCUUAGCGAUUCGAUUGGAUUGGAUUAGUUGUCAGCCGGCCAUCACCACAUCCGCCCAUUCCCUGCCCCAGCCACGCGAAUCUGCAGGAGAGACACUGCCAAACAAACGAUGCAGGGGGAUGGAUGGGUGGUGCAAUCGAUGGGUCGGUCAGGUCAGUCCGUCGUCGUUGGAUGUAGCUUUGAUUAGUGCAUUGAAUAUUAGCGAAAUUGUUGUUGACAAAAGUGCAGUAAAAAUACAUUUACCUAUUAAACG